UUCUCGAACUAUCCACCUUUGAAAUGAUAAUAAAUAUUUUUUCUAUACAACAAUUGUCUCCCUCUCCAUUUUAGUUAUGUUCUUUCUUCCUAUCUCUAUAAAAGCCAUCAAAAUCUCAAGAGAACUCGAAAAUAUAGAGGAGAUUGAGAGAGAUGGACAGAGGUCAUAAGGUGGUGGCUAUGGCAUUGGUGUUGAUAGUUGCUUUAGGUUGGGGUGAAGCUCAGACCCUAUGCAACAUGUCGAUUGUUGGUUUGUAUGCAUGCAGGCCGUCGGUGACGCCUCCGAACCCAACGCCUCCGAGCGCCAACUGCUGUACAGCGCUCUCGCACGCCGAUUUGCACUGCUUUUGCGCGUACCGGAACUCGGGAGCUCUUCCUUCUCUUGGCAUUGACCCUAAUCUUGCCUUGAAGCUGCCUGAGAAAUGCAAGCUUCCCAACUCUCCAAAUUGCUAGAACAAGUGUGUGUUCAAGUUUGUUUUUUAAUUUGAUGAAAGAAAGAAAAAAAAAGGAGUUCAAAUUUUAAUACCAAAAGGGAAUGUUUUGUUUCUCUUUUGUUCUUCAAAGUUUGAACCAUUUACUAGUGGGUUAGUGAAUUAAUAGUGUUGUUCUAUCUUCUAUAUGGUACUAGGUUUUGAUAAUGUGCUUCAUGUUUUAAUAAUAAAUGUUGGGUUAAUUUUUGCAGCUCAAAA